AUGGAAACAAAGGGGAAAGCUGAAAAAAAAGGGAGGCAAGCAGAAAAAUUGCCCCUGAAAUCCAGAGGAAUCCAGAGCAAGGCAUCUCAUGAUCUCAGGAGGCUUCAGUCGCUGCUUGUCAAAAGCAGCCCCAGACAGGAGGUGGCGGCGCUGAGUCACAGCAAAGCCCACAGCAGUGGAGCCGGCAGAUCACAAGGCCCGCAUCCUCCAAAAGACGCCUACAGACACAGGAGUGAGAGCGACAUCUCCAGUGAGGCCUCCCUACUGGAAAAAUUCAGCAUCACAUACAGAGACCAAAGAUGCUUCAGCAGCCACCCACUGCAUGCACUGUUCUCUGACAUCCUCACAGCUUUGGUCAAGAACCGACUCUGCAGUGAAUGGCUUGACCAUGCACUGCCUGAGUCUGUCCUAAGAGUUCUGAUCUGCCUGCGAUUAUUGAUCAGAGAUCCCCACCAUCAGAGAAUCCUCCAUCAACUGCAAGGCGUAAAUUUACUUGCCAGGUAUAUGGAGUCUGUCGCUGCCAUGUACACAUCUUGUGGUGAACGGGCGUUUGCUGUCCAGAAACUGGUCACAAUGACCUACGUGUUUCAGAAGCUGUCUGCCGUUGAGAGUCAGAGGGUCUGGGUCAUCGAGAGCGGCGCCCACAGAACCCUGGUGAAGCUCCUCUCCACGUCAGACAGCAGUGUGCUGCUGGGCGCCCUGCUGGCACUCACCACUUUGGCUGAGAGCCCAGAAUGCAGGGAGGAGAUUGGAGAGCUGUUGAUAGUGGAGAAGCUGCUUGUGAUACUGCAGGAAUAUGACCUGCUGUCAAAGAGAAUGAGCGCGGAGCUGCUGAGGCUGCUGUCCCCGGUGCGGCAGGUGAGGGACCAGGUGAGGGAGCUGGAGGGUCUGCCAGUGCUGCUGAGCCUGCUGUACAGCCAACACCUGAAGCUGCUGUGGAGCGUCGCCUGGGUCCUGGUCCAGCUCUGCGAGGACCCUGACACCAGGACGGAGAUUCGGAGCUGGGGCGGGGUGCAGCAGCUUCUCCGGCUGCUCAACAGUGACAGGCAGUACAUCUCGGACCGCUCGUCCAUUGAGACGCUCUCCAGCGCCAAUGCAGCCGGCCGCCUCCAGAGAGAGCACAUCAGGGAGGAGCUGAGCCCGCAGGAGGAGGUGGACAACACCGCGGCCCUGCAGUCGGCCUGCUGCACAGUUCUGACUGAGCUUAGUCUGGACGAUACAUCUGCUCACCACAUUGUGCAGGAAAAUGGGGUUUAUAUAAUCGCAAAGCUGAUUUUACCGCAAAACUCUGGACCAAAGGUCACAUCUUUACAGUGCUAUGCAUUUCGGACCCUCCGGUUUCUCUUUAGCGUGGAAAGAAACAGACAUCUGUUUAAGAGGCUCUUUCCCACAGACCUUUUUGAGUUGUUUAUUGAUGUUGGACACUACGUACGGGACCUCACGGCCUAUGAGGGGCUGCAAACCAAAGCUUCACUCUACACUGAUGAAGAACUGGACAGUUUGAGGGAGAGCAUCGAGGCUGUGGACCAGAACCGGCCUCCCCUUAAGGUCAUCAGUGGUUACUCCAUACUGGACCAUCUGGGCACCGGGGCCUUUGGGAGCGUCUUUAAGGUGCGAAAGCAGAGUGGCCAGAGCCUCCUGGCUCUGAAGGAGGUGAACCUGCAUAACCCGGUGUUUGGCAAAGACAAGAAGUCCAGAGACAGUAAUGUGGAGAAAAUCAUCUCAGAGCUCACGAUCAUCAAAGAGCAGAUGACACACCCAAACAUUGUCAAAUAUUACAAGACAUUUUUGGAAGGCGACCGGCUGUACAUCGUGAUGGAGCUGAUCGAGGGAGUGCCGCUGGCCGAACACUUGAACUCUCUGAAGGAGAAGCAGCAGCAGUUCACAGAGGACAGAAUCUGGAGUAUUUUCAUACAGAUGUGCCUGGCGUUGCGUUACCUGCACAAAGAAAAGAGAAUCGUCCACCGCGACCUCACGCCAAACAACAUCAUGCUGGGGGAAAAGGACAAAGUCACCAUCACUGACUUCGGUCUAGCUAAGCAGAAACAGGAGAACAGCAAGCUAACGUCGGUGGUCGGCACCAUCCUGUACUCCUGUCCAGAGGUGGUGAAGAAUGAGCCGUAUGGAGAGAAAGCUGACGUCUGGGCUUUGGGCUGCAUCCUCUACCAGAUGGCCGCUUUACAGCCUCCCUUCUACAGCAGUAACAUGCUGUCACUAGCCAGCAAGAUUGUCAAGGCCGCCUAUGAGCCGAUUGACGGAGCUUUCUCAGAGAGAGUCACAGACAUGAUCAGAUGGUGUUUGAGUCCAGAUGCAGACCAGCGGCCCGACAUUGUGGCCGUCAGCUCCAGGAUCUCUGACCUCAUGAUGAGGCUGAUGGACGGCCUCUACGCUUCCCAGAAUGCACUGGAAAGACGAGCAGAGAGAGACAGGAAGCGUGCGCAGAAGUACUUCCUUGAAAGACACAAAAGCAGGACGAACUGCUGUCACUUAAACCUGUCUCAGGAAAAAUCCUCGAUGAAUACUGAACCUCCAACGCCGCGCUUCUCUCCAGCCUGCUGUUCGAACCACAGCGAGCAGAAUGUUACUCAAGAUGAUGCCUCAGACGGUGAUGUUGAAGCUCACGAUCCCAACAUCAACCCCGCUGCCUUCAGAGGAAAACUCUGCGGAUUAAAGUCCAGCGCCUGUGUUACACCUGAACACUUCCUGUCUGGUGUGGAUCAAGCUGCUGCAAAGAUUAAACCAAGACCAGUGUCAGCCGGGAUCUGCGUCUCCCAGAAGAAGCUCCGGCAGAUUGACGAUCCCAUUCAGAGGCUCCUGGUGCAGCUGCACAAAAUCAUUUACAUCACUCAGCUUCCACCAGCGCCGCACCACAACGUCAGACGACGGGCGAUUGAAAGAUUUAAAAAGUCUCUGUUCCACUGCGGCAGCGAUCCAUGCAGGCUGAAGGAGGAGCUCAGCAAGCUCCUCCAGGCUUCUCCAGACCUGAUGGAGUUAGACUCAGCUAGCUCAGACUGGUUUCCUCUGGUCCACCGCUUCACAGGAGACCCCCACGCUGCUGACAGCACAGGUGAUGGAAACCUCAAAGAUGGAGUCACCUAUCAGCAGAUGCAGGGGAUCAUCGAGGAGCUGCUGGAGGAGAGCAGCUACUACGAAGCCACACACAGCAGGAUCUCAGGGAAAAGAAAUGACCAAGAAAGUGACAAGUGACCAUCGACCACGUUCAUCCUCAGAUGUCAC